AUGCUCAAGCCCAUCAAGAAGAAGACGCCCCUCUCCCAUCCCUCCCGUCUCGAGGACUGGCCCGUGCACGCGCCUUUCUCCCCGCCACGGCAGUUGCCGCUGUCUCUGUACCCAUUGCUCGUGGCCAAAGAGGGCGCUCGAUUGCGACGCCUGCAGCUGCGGUACCAAAAGUACCAGGAAAAGGUCCGUGGGUUGCUGAAUAAGGGGGACGCACGAGUGGAGGUGGACGACCGGGAAGUCAAAGCGUCGAGUGUCGCACUGGCUCUUGCUGUAACGAUGCAGACGAGACCGUUGGAGGAAGAAGAGAAGAAGCGGGACAUGGACAGUAGCACGGCUGCCGCGCCAUUGAAGCAGCCGUCGAGAGGGACCUUGUUUUAUCUGUCCGAGUCCAAGUGUCCCGUUGAAACAUGGAGUCAUAACGACCUGUACCAGACAAAGGACUGGAACAAAAGAUAUGACAAAGUACAUAUCGGACAAACACAAGAGACGGACGAGCUCCUGGAGCUCUUGCUACCUAGAGAGCAGACGCUAUUGGUCCAAAAUGAGCACCUGCUGGAUACUACGAUUCCGGAUCAUCCAGUGCAAUUCAUGCCUUUGGAUUGCAAUAACAAGCUUGAAAGGGAUGGACGACAGCUUGGGUUUGUGAAUAUGAUGGACACGUCGUGGUUGCUGGCCUCGAUUGCACAGCGAUGUGCUGCAACAACUGGUUCAAGUGCUACAGAGAAGUCAAGCAAGUUGCAGUGGAGGUGGAAAUGGGUUUUGCAAUUGGCUGACGUGCGAUUGGCAGUAGUGGACUUGCUUUUUAGCUGUCGAGCUGGCGUGAGUGUGAACUUUUUGGGACGCCCGCCAUCGUCUGUGCAGACGCAUUACCAACAUUUGAUUCAGCGAGUGAAGGAUACAAUGGCAGAUAAACAGGACGGCACGGAGCUCACUAUAUGUCGACUGUGA